AUGCUCAAAAGUCUUCCACCGCACGUCCAAGAAAUUCAUGUCCGGAAACCAAAUAUAGGGCUCAUAAGAUAUCACUUUUUAAGCUAUAACUUCAUCAUCAUGGCGAAAACGGUCUUAGUCCUCGGCGCCACCGGCACACAAGGCGGCUCCAUUGCAAAGCUACUCCUACAGCAUCCCGAAGAGUAUGUCGUCCAUUGCCUUACUCGCAACCCGGACUCGGACAAAGCCAAGGCGCUUGCCGCUCAGGGAGGAGUCCUAGUCAAGGCCGAUUUGACGGUUCCUGAUACCCUGACGGACGCUUUCCGUGGUGUCUGGGGGGUCUUUGCGGUGACAGACUUCUAUGACACUACAGUUCUUGAUGACCCAAUGAGCGAGGAGAAGCAAGGGCAGCACAUCGUGGAAGCUGCGUCCAAAGCUGGAGUGGAGUGCUUCCUAUGGAGCAAGCAAUCCGUUGAUGCAGUAAUCCGCUCGGCUGGUCUCAAGGGUUGCUUCAUCCGCACGGGCAAUUUCUACGAAAACAUGAUACUUCGCAAAUACGCUGCCUAUGACAAAGAAAGUGAUACUAUCACUAUGACACGCCCCAUCAUUGGGCCGGAUGCUGAACUGACUACACUUUAUGUCGAGAAAGAUCUAUCAGCGGUCUGCAAAGCCAUAUUUGAUCAGUGGGAAACGAAGAAGAGCAGCUUAGACGGGAAAUAUUUCCUAGCUUGCGGGGCUCGUGAGACCAUGCGAGAUAUCAAUGCAAUCAUUGAAAAAGUGUCUGGAAAGAAGGUCGUGUAUAGGGUCAAGCCAACUUGUGGGAUCGCCGACCGCGACAUCAUGCUCCAGCUCUACAACGAUGUGGGAAUGUAUCCCGGCGUGCAGAUUCCGUCUCCAGAAGUUGCAGAACUUGGAGUCAAGCUACAUACAGCCGAGGACUAUAUAAGAGAGAGACUCCUCCCCCAUCUUGGCCUGCAAGCGAUUGGUAGUUAG